UGGAUAAAGGUGGAGGUCCACGGCUCGAGCUCGGGUGUCAAAUUUCAGUGUUUUUCAGGGGGCAGAUUAAGCUGAGGGUGAACUAAGGCUGUCUUUGUUCAGGAGGCGCUCCUGAAGGUGCAGAGCAGAUCAUAGCAGUGCAGUGCACAGCGGAGAGUAGAGGUGCGCUGUGGAGCGGAGAGGAGCGCGGAGGUUCUCUGCGUUAGCGGGAAGAUACACGGCGCCUCACGGCUUCUUGCUUAAAACACCGCCUGCUCCUUAUUGAGCGCGGAGAAGACAAGACUUCUGGAGAUAUGGCUAUAAGAGUGUCGCCCUGGUGCUGGUUGUACCUCUCUGCUUUGGGGCUUCUCCAUCCAGCCACUGGGUUCCAGCUGCAAGACGAGAGGAGCUCCAGUAACCAGCUGGAUCUUACAGAGCUGAUAGGAGUUCCUCUUCCUCCAUCUGUCUCUUUCAUUACUGGAUUUGAGGGUUUUCCUGCAUACAGCUUUGGUCCAGAUGCCAACGUAGGCCGCCUUACACGGUCCUUCAUUCCUGACCCCUUCUUCCAUGACUUUGCUAUCAUUGUUACUGCUAAACCCACCACUCGCCAUGGAGGAGUCCUGUUUGCCAUCACCGAUGCUCUACAGAAGAUAGUGCACUUAGGAGUAGCACUGGCACCAGUGGAGGAUGGCUCACAGAGAGUGGUUCUGUACUACACAGAACCAGGAACAGCACGCACUCAGGAGGCUGCUUCCUUUAAAAUGGGAGACCUAACAGGCCACUGGGCCAGAUUCACUCUGGCAGUGCAGGGGGAUGAGGUGAAGCUCUAUAUGGAUUGCGAGGAACACCACAGGGUUGCUUUCCAUAGGAGCCAGAAGGGUCUUACAUUUGAGCCCAGCUCAGGCAUCUUUGUGGGGAAUGCGGGAGGAACCAGGCUGCAGAGGUUUGUGGGAUCCAUCCAGCAGUUGGUGCUGACUCCGGAUCCCAGGGCACCGGAUGAGCAGUGUGAGGAGGAUGACCCCUAUGCAUCUGGGUAUGGCAGUGGCGAUAAUGAAUAUGAUGACACAGAGACCCCAGAUGAAGUGAAGAAAGUCCAUGAGGAGAGAGAAUACCCUCCUGAUGAAGAUCAGACACUUCCGGUCAGAGCGCCCCCUACUGAAGCAUCUUCUGAAGGACCAUUUGAUGAUGAAGAUUUGGAGGAAGGGUCCUCAGGUCAGGAUGUGGUGCCUAUUGAUAGAGAGCCAAGCAGGACAGAAAAAGCUGUAUACAACAAAGGAGAUGAUUAUCCACUGACGAUGCCAGUACAUAAAGGAGAGAAAGGAGACCGUGGACCUGCUGGACCUCCUGGCCCUCCAGGACCCCCAGGCACACCAAGCUCAUCAGGUCCUAAAGGAGACAUCUCAUCUUGGGUAGGACAACCAGGGGCUCGCGGCCCUCCAGGACCACCAGGACCCACGGGUGCACCAGGGAAGGACGGCCUUCCUGGUAGUCGUGGAGAAGAUGGAAAAUCAGGAGAAACUGGAGUUCCAGGUUUUCCAGGUAUACCUGGUGACCCAGGAAUAAAAGGAGAAAAGGGUGAUGCUGGAAUUGGUCUGCCUGGAAUACCUGGGCCACCGGGACCACCAGGACGAUCAGGGGCACCUCGAUAUGUUGAUGCCAUUGAUGGUUCAGGAUUUGAAGACUUUGACAGUGACACAGAGGUUAUCAGGGGUCCACCUGGGCCACCAGGACCGCCAGGGCAGCCUGGUCCACCUGGCCCCCCUCAAGGUCUCUUACCGGGUCCAAUGGGACCUCCAGGGGCUCCUGGGAAAGACGGGUUGAUGGGUGUCCCUGGAAUUCCUGUAAUUGAGGACUGGUUUAGUGGGUCUGGAUUUGAUGCAGGUUCUGGAUUUGAUGGUGGGUCUGGAUAUGAUGUUGAAUCUGGGAUAGAUGCUGGGUCUGCAUUUGAUCUUGGUUCAGACCUGGACUUAGUUGAGGGAAUUAGUGGCAAAUACGGUGAACCAGGAAAUGAUGGCCAGAAAGGGGACAAGGGUGACACUGGAUUGCCUGGGCAUGCAGGACAAAAGGGUGACACAGGGCAGCCAGGCCUCCCUGGAAGUCCAGGAACAGCAGGACCAGAAGGUCCCAAAGGAGAACCUGGUCCAGCAGGACCUCCAGGACCACCAGGCCCACCUUCACGUUUCAAUUUUGAUUUACUGGAUUCUGAGGGCUCAGGAGUGGGUGGAGGCAGUGGCUUUGGACAAAAUAUCCCUAGAGGGCCUCCUGGAAUUCCUGGUUUGCCUGGCCCCCCUGGACCAAAGGGAAAAGAUGGUGUGAACGGUCUUCCAGGUACUUCAGAGAAGGGGGAGCCUGGUCCUGCCGGACCUGAAGGAAAACCUGGACAAUCUGGACUUCCUGGAAAAAAUGGAGAAAAAGGAGAGAAAGGGGAAAUGGGGCAGAAGGGAGAAAGAGGUCUAGAUGGAGUCAGUAUUCCUGGUCCACCAGGGCCACCAGGACCUGUCAUCAACCUUCAGGAUUUAAUGCUGAAUGAUACUGAGGGUCUUUACAACUUCACGGGGAUUUUUGACCCUCAAGGUCCAUUGGGGCCAAGAGGUCCAAAGGGUGACCGCGGCAUCCCAGGAGUCCCAGGUCACCCGGGGUUAAAGGGUGAGAAAGGAGAACCAGGGCUCACAAUUGGUCCAGAUGGAUCACUGUUGUCUGGGCCUCAAGGACCAAAAGGACUCAAGGGCGACCAUGGUGUUCAUGGAUUACCAGGUGCAAUGGGCCCGGUCGGACCAAGCGGACCCAAAGGGGAAUUUGGAUUUCCUGGCCGCCCAGGUCGUCCUGGUCUGAAUGGACGCAAGGGUGAAAAGGGAGACUCAAAUGGAUUACAGGGCCCACCUGGUCCUCCUGGCCCACCUGGACGUCCUGGAAUAUUCAACUGUCCUAAAGGAACAGUGUUCCCGAUUCCUCCUCGGCCCCACUGUAAAACAUCCACCAAUGGCAAUUCUACCUCAGAGGGAGCCAGCUGUUCAACAUCUGGAGCCAAAGGGGAGAAGGGUGAAAGGGGUCUUCCUGGCCCUCCAGGAACAACAAUUACAAUGCUCGGUGCAGGCUCUGUGGGAGACAAAGGUGACUAUGGCCUCCGAGGUGAAAAGGGAGAGAAAGGUGAAGCUGGGAUGCCAGGUGCACCAGGGCAGCCUGGAACAUCUGGGGUGGUGGGACCAAAAGGUGAUUCAAUCAUUGGGCCCCCUGGACGUCCAGGACUUCAGGGGCCACCUGGUUCUCCUGGGAUUGGGAGACCUGGUGCCACCGGACUCCGAGGCCCUCCUGGACCUCCUGGCUAUAGCUCUGCUGCUGCAAUACCCGGUCCACCCGGGCCUCAAGGUCCUCCUGGUCCACCAGGACCAGCUGGUGGUGGCUUUGGCUCAAUAAAGAAAUACCCUACUCUUUAUGCCAUGAAGUCAUAUGUGGUCGAAGUGGGAACAUUGUCCAUGGUUACAGAUACGGGUAAACUCUACCUUAAGGUCCAAGGAGGCUGGAAAGAGAUUCUGCUAGGGGGGUUGAUUGAGGUGAAUUCUCCUGCUGUCCUCUCACAAGAUGAUGCUCAGCCUUUAAUAUUGACUCCUCAACUCAGCAAUACUCAUAAAACUCACACAGGAAGUGCGCUCAGAUUGGUUGCUCUAAACACACCACUGACAGGCGACCUGGGCUCCAUCCAUUCAGUUAAUAAGCAGUGCAGACUACAGGCUCAGGCCAUGGGCAUCAGAGACGACUACAAGGCUUUCCUUUCUCACCACCUACAGGACCUGAUUGACAUUGUGCAGUUGCCCUACCGCACCAGUUUACCCAUCGUUAACCUCAGGGGUGAAGUCCUCUUCAAGAACUGGGAAAGUAUUUUCUCCCAUCAUGCUCUCCCUGCUGGGAUCCCUCUCUACUCUUUUGAUGGACGAGAUGUGAUGAGUGAUCCUUUCUGGCCACAGAAGGCCAUAUGGCAUGGAUCCUCAGAAAGAGGAAGGCGUCUGGAUGAUAAGAACUGCGAGUCCUGGAGAGCUGGGGAUAUGGCCAUCACAGGCCAGGCUUCUUUCCUCUACAGUGGCCUGCUGAAUCAGCAAACCCGUAGCUGCUCCAACCAGUUUAUCGUUCUGUGCAUCGAGAUCAACCCUGACCACAACACUGUCGAAGAACUUAAACGGGCACAAUAUCGCCACAGGCGCUGGCAUCAUAGAUAUUAACUUCUACACCAGCAAACCUCUGCCAUCAACACGUCAACAUUUCAAAAGGUGUAAAUAUCUGUAUGUUGAUGCAAGGCCAUAUCAUUGAAAAGCUAAUGAACCAUCAGUGAGAGCCAUUCUCAGGUUUUGAGCACAUGGACAUUUUGUAGCAAAGCUAUUUCUCUCACAGUGUAAAGCCGCAUGAUCACAAUGUUUCAGCAGAGGGAUGGCCUCCAAUCCCUACAAGUCAUUUUGAUGCACUGUAUUUUUGGUUUUAGUUUUUUUUUUUUUUUUUUUUCUCGAAAUUCAUAGAUGUCUUUUUUUUUCUACUUCACAUCAAAUUUUCAUUUCGCGUAGCUAAAGAUGUGUCAGUAUUUAAUUUAAUUUCAAUGUUUUAUUUAUACCUGACCGCACAUAAUCUAAAUAUGUCCAAAAAAUGAGGAUAAAUAUGUAAUUUAUAGUUUCACUUGUUUAGGUGAUAUUUGCUCCUGCUUCUUGCCUCUUUUAUGAAAGAAGAAUUUCUAUAACAUCUAUGUUGAUAUUCCAUUUUUAUAGUUACUGGAAAUGUGACUGCAGUUACUUUUUCCAUGCAGCGAUCAAGUCUAUUUUCUGUUGUUUCGAUUUUUAGGUCAAUUAUUUGAUAUCAGUGUUUAGAGGUAAGAAGUAAGGAGUAUUCUUCAUUUUCACUGGUGCUUAUUGAAUAAAAUCUCUUUUCCAAAUA